CCCCCUAAGGGUAGGGCUGCGCAGUGCAGUGCGCUGAGAUUCUGCUGCGCGUGUGUGUGUCUAUGUGAUGACUUAAUCGCAUCCUUUAUCAUUUAAAUUCGUGUAACCAGCUGUGUGCUGGUCGUCUCAGACAAAUCGGAGAGCAAAAUAGUGGUUUGGAAGUUAAACAAAAAGAGACUCCACCUUUUAAAGAGCAUCAUGUUCGUGUUUGGCGGGAUGUCAUCGAGAAUUCAUUACGAACGCCUGCGGGCAGAUGGCGCGGGCACCAACGAUCGAGCUCUGCCCUUUCUCAACCAGGACUACGAGGCACUGAAACAGGAGUGUUUGGAAAGUGGACAAUUUUUCGAGGACCCAUGUUUCCCUGCACGGGCGCCGUCACUGGGAUUCAAGGAACUUGCACCAAACUCGUCUAAAACACGUGGAGUGGUGUGGAAGCGGCCCACAGAGCUGACGUCCGACCCGCAGUUCAUCGUCGGAGGAGCCACCAGGACCGAUAUCUGCCAAGGAGCUCUGGGUGACUGCUGGCUGUUGGCGGCGAUCGCAUCUCUCACUCUCAAUGACAAGCUCUUACACAGAGUGGUUCCUCAUGGCCAGAGCUUCACUGAUGAUUACGCCGGGAUUUUCCACUUUCAGUUCUGGCAGUUCGGCGACUGGGUGGACAUCGUCAUCGACGACCGUCUGCCUGUCAAGGACGGAGAGCUCGUUUUCGUGCACUCGGCAGAAGGCUCAGAAUUCUGGAGCGCCCUCCUGGAGAAGGCCUAUGCUAAGUUAAACGGCUCGUACGAGGCUCUGUCCGGAGGCUCCACCACUGAGGGCUUCGAGGACUUCACAGGCGGCGUGUCUGAGAUGUACGAGCUGAAGUCGGCGCCCAGAGACCUGCCCCGCAUUAUCACGAAGGCUCUGGAACGGGGAUCGCUGCUCGGGUGCUCGAUUGAUAUCACUAGUGCCUUUGACAUGGAAGCAGUGACCUUUAAGAAGCUAGUGAAAGGUCACGCCUACUCCGUGACAGGACUCCGAGAGGUGGAUUACCGUGGCAGCCGAGAAAAGCUGAUCCGUAUCCGAAACCCCUGGGGGCAGGUCGAGUGGACUGGGGCGUGGAGUGACGAUUCUUCUGAAUGGAACCAGGUCGAUCCGUCUGAUAGAGAGGAUAUGAACUGUAAAAAAGAAGACGGAGAAUUCUGGAUGUCGUUUCAGGAGUUUAAGCGCCAGUUUUCACGCUUGGAGAUCUGUAACCUGACACCGGAUGCACUAAGUGAUGACAGUAUGAGUUUCUGGAACACCAUCAAGUUCGAUGGCACCUGGAGGAGAGGGAGCACGGCUGGAGGCUGCAGGAAUCAUCCCAACACGUUCUGGAUAAACCCACAGUACAAGAUCACGCUGCUGGAGGAGGACGAUGAUCCCGAUGAUCCCGAGGUGGCCUGCAGCUUCCUGGUGGCACUGAUGCAGAAGGACCGGCGGCGCUACCGUAGGCAGGGCCAGGACAUGCACACCAUCGGCUUCGCCAUUUAUGAGGUCCCAGACGAGUUCCGCGGUUGCCAGAGCGUUCACUUAAAGAAGGAGUUUUUCCUCCGAAACUCAUCCUGCGCUCGUUCCGAGACCUUCAUCAACCUGCGCGAGGUGAGCACGCGACUCCGGCUGCCUCCGGGCGAGUACCUCAUCGUACCCUCGACGUUCGAACCUGGGAAAGAGGCCGACUUCGUGCUCCGCGUGUUUACUGAGAAACAGUCAGAGACCGAAGAGCUGGAUGAUGAGGUGACGUUCAUGAUGGAUGAAGAGGAGGAGAUCACGGAGGACGAUAUCGACUCCUCGUUCCGAAGCAUGUUUGCCAAGCUUGCUGGCGAUGAUAUGGAGAUAUCAGUCCAUGAACUGAGGACCAUCCUGAACAGAGUAGUGUCCAAGCACCAAGAUAUAAAGACAGACGGGUUCGGUCUGGAGUCCUGUAGGUCCAUGGUGGCCCUCAUGGAUAAAGACGGAAGCGCUCGUCUGGGAAUCUUGGAGUUCCAAAUCCUGUGGAAUAAGAUCAGGAAGUGGCUGGGAGUUUUCCGGGAAUUCGACCUGGACAAAUCAGGAACCAUGAGCUCGUAUGAGAUGCGAUUGGCCUUGGAGUCUGCCGGUUUUAAGCUCGACAACAAGCUGAACCAGGUGCUGGUGGCUCGCUACGCCGACCAAGAACUCAUCGACUUUGAUAACUUCAUCUGUUGUCUGGUCAAACUAGAGGCCAUGUUUAGAACCUUUAAGCAGUUGGACAAAGAAGGGUCCGGGGUCGCCGAGCUUGCCCUCCCAGAGUGGCUGUACCUGACCAUGUGCGGCUGAAGAACAUUCAGACGCCGACGGAGAUCACAAUCGGCGCGUCAAUAAUCCUGGGAAAACAAUCGGCGCCUGCAGUUCAGGCUCCCUUCACCACUUCAGUGCUAACUAGUCCCACCUCAGACACCUUAGUGCUUUACCGACUAUGCAACAUAAACAGCUUAGCCAUGUAAAACGACAUGAUUUACGUUGCACUCCACACACACACGCAUGUAUAGUAAGAGCGAACAUAUCUCGCACCGUGGAUAACUGCAUGUCACUAAUCUUAUUUCAUAGGGUAGAAUAUAUUUUUCUCUUAUUUGGGAGUCAUGGAAUGCUUUAUUAACCAGUGUGUAUCCAUAAAACACUUUUGCACAAGGCGUGUGCUGAUAAUUGACUAAACGAUACUUUAUAAUGUUCAGCAUGUGUUUUAUUAUCAAUAUCACCACUUCUCUAAAAUACGCACGAAACGCUUAGUCCCGGUUUGACUUGAACACCCCUUUUACGCACAUACUGUACGAGGGUCGUUCAAGUCGUUAAAAAAAGGAGUAAGUGUUCCAUAAAUAAAUAAAUAUAUAUAUAUAUAUAUAUAUAUAUAUAUAUAUAUACAGUACUGUAACAAGAAAAGAAGAUAAAUGACAUUUCGUUAGACAAUUAUCAUGACGUAUGACUUGAUAUCGAGACGUGCCUAAUAACAUGUUCAUGCUUCACUACAUGUUUGUGUGUCUGAUUUCUCAUAUACAAAGUAAAACUAAAUCGAUCUACACUUCCCACUCUGCCAUUAUAGCCUUAAUGAAGAUUAUUUUAUAGUAUUAUUUUAUUUUGGGAUGUUUUCUCAAAUAAUGCUGCUUAACAAUAAAGUCAUGAGUAUUACAAAAAAAAA